UCGCGGAAGCAGCGGAGCGGGUGGGGCUUCCGAGGGAACCAGAAAUGAGAAAGGAGGCUAUUUUUUAGCAGGAAGCGUUUAAUGUGAAAGUCGACUCCAAGGCCUACUAUAUUAUCAGAAGAAGCAAAAUAUUGAUGUCGCCGCGCAGUCGUGGUACAAAUAACCCGUCAAAUUCGUCCGCUAAGACGGUCUCAGUAAUAGCGAUGCUGAAGGAACGUUUUAAAUAGUUUUUUUGUUUUAAAUAUAUGUUAAUGCUAUUUCAAAAUAGGAAAUGGGGCACUUGAAAGGAUUGCUGUAUGUAUAGUGUGUUGUAUUUAAAUCCUUAUUGUGCUAGCUAUUGUCUUUAAUGUCAAUACACGCAAGACGGAAUAGCAGAGAUACCCUGAACUAGUUCCUUUUCUCGAUUCGAAUAAUGAAUAACGCGAAAGAUAUGUCUCCCGAUUUUGUCUUGAUGCGCUUGGUUUCGGGGGCAGAAGAUGACCGCCUGGACGAAGAGAAUGGGAAUUUGUCGUCGGGCAGCGGAGUAAUGGCUGGAUUCGGGAAAGCGGUCUUGGGUCAUCGUGGCAACAACAUCAAGAACGGGUUUGAAUUAGAUCUACAUAACACAACAGGCCCGGUGCGCCAGGGUCCCUCCCCGAUGUAUAGUUCACAGCAAGACAGCGGAACCGUAGCACCUGACAGUGGCGUGAUGGUGACUCGACCCCCGAUGCCUGAGCCUUCUCCUCCCGAAUUCACCGCGGCCCAGGGCUUUCAGCACAGAGGGGCUAGAGGCGCCCGACCUCAGCUUAUGGUCUUUCGGAAUCUUCUUAAGGCUGGGGACGGGAUUUUGGAAUGCGGACCGGAGCAACCCGCGUUGCAGAGCGGCGAGACCGAGGGACAGGAUUCCGGCUCUGCCACAGUCACGCGAAGCGGUGUCAAUAACGGCGUAAAUUGUGGUGCCGACGUGCAACAGCAGAACCAUCUGUCACAGCGGCCGACGUGGGGUUCGCAUCCUCGGGUGAAAUUGACGGACGCAGCUGCGGAUAGCGGUGAUCUGGAAGGCGGCGGAGGAUUCUGCCCCCGGCAUCGCGUCGCAGACCCCACUGACUGGCCCCCGUUAUUGAAUUUUGGCAUUCUAAAUCCGAGGUGGGCCUGCACGGCAGGAGAACCUAACUCCCAUAUAGAUGAUCCUGUGUUCGAUCUGGCGAGGAAAUUCGGAGAACUUGGGGUCGACCAGGCCUCCAAGAUACUGUUCAAGGACGGGGAAUUGCCGCAAUGCCCGUGUCAGACAAUACUUGCGUCGGCAGCUGCGGGCAUGGCACACGGGGAUGACCCGGCAGAGACCAGCGACGCUUUACUGGUGCUGGAAGGGCUGGGGACGGAGGACGUAGACGGGCUAGGCAUGAACAAUUGCCCGGCGGAGGAAUUUAACGACACCCCUUGCCCGUCUUUCGCGUUAAACGGAAAGGAGGACGUGGUGCAGAAAAUGACAGGCGCUUUCUCCACCAGCACUCUGACGGGGCUGGUGAAGCAGGCGCAGAGAUUGGUGGGGGAAAGCUACUCGCCUGCAUUCCGUGAUCAGCAGGUGUGUUGCCCGCGCACGGAGGUGCUUAGCCCGAGACCCAAACUCCAGGCUGGCGCAGAUCUCUCGGAACAACGUCCUGAGCUAUCAUCUCCAGUCGGGGUCUCCCCUCGGGGAUCAGCAUCGGACCUCCACACGUCCGCCCACGCUCAGGGCCAGACCGCCGCCUCAAAGUUGCUGGUGGACAGGUCGCCCGUGGCUCUAGCCGCACGGGGCAUCGGAGAAGAGGGCGAAAAGGCAGCCAGGGUACCGGGGAAGUCUCGGAAGGGGUCUUUUAAAAUUCGCCUGGGUAAACUCUUCAGAACUAAAAAUAGCAGCGUCUCGAUCAACCUGCUUGACAAGAGGCCAUCACUGGCAUCAUCAACGUCUUCAACAGGAAGUCUGAUGGACGUAUGGAGUUCGACCGGUGGGGAGCCAGACGCGGGGAGCGCUCCCCAGCCAACCAGGACCCAAAGUGCCUUCUCUCCGGUUCCCUUCAGCCCCGUCUUUACCGGUGAGACUGUGUCUCUGGUGGACGUGGACAUUUCUCGUAGAGGGGUGAACUCUCCGCACCCCCCCACACCUCCGCCCCCUCCAAGACGAAGCCUCAGCCUGCUAGAUGAAAUUGGGGGGCCGCAGCCUGGUCCUUUCCUAGUGAGGGUUGUGGGGGCGUCCCUGCAGUCUCUGCCCCUGCCUCCUCUUCCCACGCAUGCCACCAUCCAGCACAGCCUCAGCCUCAAUGACACCUUCCUGCGGGCUCUCCCACGCCCUGCCCCCUUGCAGCCGGAUGGCCCGCCCCCUUCCCAGCCGGGCCAGCCUCCUCUGCUGUGUCCUCUGAGCUGCCCGGAUGCCAGCAGCUUCGCUACCAGUCUGAGAGAGCUGGAGAAGUGCGGAUGGUACUGGGGCCCCAUGAACUGGGAGGACGCAGAGAUGAAGCUGAAGGGGAAGCCGGACGGGUCCUUCCUGGUGCGGGACAGUUCAGACCCCCGCUACAUACUCAGCCUCAGCUUCCGCUCCCAGAACAUCACCCACCACACCCGUAUGGAGCACUACAGAGGAACCUUCAGUCUGUGGUGCCAUCCUAAAUUUGAGGACCGCUGCCACUCAGUGGUGGAGUUCAUCGAGCGUGCCAUUAUGCACUCCAAGAACGGCAAAUUCCUCUACUUCCUGCGCUCCCGUGUGCCCGGCCUGCCCCCGACCCCAGUGCAGCUCCUCUACCCAGUGUCCCGCUUCAGCAACAUCAAAUCCCUGCAGCACCUGUGCCGCUUCCGCAUCCGACAGCUGGUCCGCAUUGACCACAUCCAGGAGCUGCCGCUCCCCAAGUCCUUGAUUGAGUACCUGAGGAAGUUCUACUACUAUGACCCUGAGGAGGAGAUGUACCUGUCCAUGAAAGAGGCACGCAAGGACAUGGGGGUGGAGCCAGGGGUGGAGUCUCAAACGUAGCUGUUGGAAUCCCAUUGGCUGAAGGUUUCUCUCAACUGCAGCCUUGAAGACUGAUUGGACAGUCUCACCCACAGCAGCCAAUCAACACUCAUGGUGGACUCCGUAUCAAAAUUGUGAUGGUAACAGGGACCCACCCUCCUCCCUUUUGGACCAAUGAGAAGAGAAGGGGUUGGAGGAUGGCGCCAGAACAGAGCUGAGAGGCAAACUGGAAGUGAACUGGCUUCACUGGGGCAGACUGGAAGAGCUAACUUGACCUUGCACUGGACCACAAACUUAAGCUAAGACUGCAUUCCCACAAAAUUGCUGGAGCGUCGCUCUCCGAGGCCGUCCCUGAGUGUUGCAGCAAUGUUGGGGAAUGCCUACAUGUUCGCUGUUACCACAAUGGAAACUUGAAGCCGGACCCGCCCUCGUGGCAGACGACGGACACGCGAUCGGUUGACUUGAAGCCAAACUGGAGUUUUUGACCGUGAUGCACUCGUUCCAUUUCGUCCAGUCCUCCCUUUUUCCUCCCCCUCCUCUUCCCACCUGCUGUCUACCUGGACAGGUGUCCCUCUUGAACUGUCGGCAUCCUGGAGCGGAAUGAGAUUCUGCUGGGAACCCUGAACCUUUAUUUAUUUGUCUGUUUAGUUUGCUCCAUGAUAGAAUGUAAACCCCCUUCCCCCUCAUUCUGCUCCCUAAUAAAC